AUUUUCUGUUCAUCUCUCUUUCGCGUUUAUGUUUGUCAAAACAAAAUUAAAAAUUAUAAAAUUAAUUUAAUUAUUGUAUAAUUAGCGUCUAAUCCAAGCAAAAUUUACAAAAUGCAGUGUAAAUAAUGUCCCCAUGUGUUUCUGUGUGUGUCCUUAUUUUAUUGUGUGUAAAGUAAAGAACUUGUCUGAAAAAUUCUACCCCGUGCAAGAAAAAAUGGACAUAUCCAACUUUAAUAGCCAAUGCACUUGUGCUGGCCUCCGCAGCUAAAGGCCACAAAACGUUAAAAAUAUAGGUAUAUUCGUAAAGCAGCCAAUUAACAAUAAUGCUGCAAUAUAAAAACGCGAACGCAACCGUGGUCAAUAACAAUAGCAAUGGACAAGCGGCCGCUGCCACGCCCGCCGCCUCCACAAAGGUAGCCAGCAGUGCGGGUGCAGUCGGUGUUGGUAAUGCGCCCACUGGCACACCUGCACCACAAAUGCAACAGAUAAUAAAUAUCCAUCAGAUGCCGUCGCAAUUCAUGCAAGCAGCACAGCUGCAGCAGGCUGGUGGUGCAACCACAGUGUCUGGCCUGCCCCAAAACAUGUUUCAAAUCGUUCAACCGAUGGGCAUGCAAACCGUGAAUAUUGACGGCCAGGAGGCCAUCUUUAUACCCAAUCUGAAUGCACAGCUGGCCACGGCCCAGGCGGUGAACAUUAAUGGCCAGCAGGCGUUUAUAACGCCCAAUGGUCAAAUAGUGCGGGCGCCGCAGGCGCUGCAAGCACACGAUCCCACCCAGACACAGCUGUUUACGAUACCCGGCACCAACAUACAAAUACCAUUGGCAAACAUAGUUCAGCAGCAGCAGCAGCAGCCGCAGUUGCAGCAACAGAUGCAACAACAACAACAGCCGCAGCAGCCCCAACAAUCCGCAACGCCCGCACUUCAAGCUCAGCAGCAACAGCAGCAGCAACAACAGUCGCAGCAGCAACAGCAUAAUCAGGCGACCGCUGCGUCAUCUGUAACGGCAACACCACAAACCAUCACGUUUCCCGGCACCAAUCUACAAAUACCCGCGUCCGUUGCUGCCGCUAAUGGGCUUCUAGGAAACAUAACGAACCUGUUGGGCGCCGCCCCAACGACAAUUAAACUGGAGAAUGGUCAAUCGCUGCAAAAUAUUCAACUGCGCACAGCGGCGCCUGGCUCUGCACCACAAUUGCUACAAUUUCCACAGCCAGCGCCGGCGGCACCAACGCUUCAGCAAACCGUUGCUGUGCAGAUACCUGUUCAAACGGCCAACGGUCAGACGAUCUACCAGACUGUUCAUGUGCCAGUGCAGGCGGCAGCAGCGCCAGCAACGGCAGCCACCCAACCCACGUUGUCCAAUCUCACGCAAUCCAUUCAAGCGUUGCCUGCCUCCAUGCAACAGGCGGCUGCUCAAAUGCAAAUCAUACCGCAGUUUGCGCAAAUUGCACAGAUUGUCACGCCCAAUGGACAAAUACAGCAGGUACAGUUGGCCCCAUUGAAUGCGCUCAACUAUUCGCAGUUGCCUCCGAAUGCGAAUAUUAUACACAUACAGAAUCCACAGCAGCAUCAGCAAUUCAUUCAGCCACAAGCUCAACUGCAGCAGCAGCAACAACAACAACAGCAGCAGCAGCAGCAACAGCAACAGCAACAACAGGCGCAGCAGCUGCAACAGCAGCAGCAAACGCAACAGCAACAGGCGGCUGCAGCAGCAGUUGCACUGCAGCAACAACAUCAACAGCAACAGCAACAGCUGCUCAAUGCCAUCAACGAGGCGGGCGGACAAUUGCCAGCGAAUCAACCGAUAACAAUAACGAAUGCACAGGGACAACAGUUGACAGUUAUACCAGCACAGCAGCUGCAACAGUUGCAGCAACUGCGGGCCAGCCAAGCUGCCGCUGCAAUGCAGCUGCAGUCGGGUAAUUUGCAGGCAUUGCCCAUACAGAAUAUACCCGGCCUGGGGCAGGUGCAGAUCAUACAGGCGAAUCAGUUGCCAGCAAAUCUGGCGGCCAAUUUCCAACAGGUGCUCACACAAUUGCCCAUGCCCAUGCAGACGACGACGGCAAUGGGUAAUCAGGCGCAGAACAUGCAGAGCACAACUGCGGCAACUUCCGCGCUGACCAUGCUGCCCAAGCAGGAGCCACAGAGUCCCACCCAAUUGAUUACAAACAUUAAGCAGGAGCCGCCAGACACCUGCAGUGUUACGACCAUUUCAAAUGCAACGCCCACAACUGUACAGCUGCCGGUGCAGCAGCAGCAGCAACAGCAGCAACAGCAACAACAACAGCCGCAGCAGCAACAAAUUAAAUUCAUAAUGCCGCAGUCGCCACAGCAACAACAACAGCAGCAGCAGCAGCAACAGCAGCAUUCUGAUGGAAGCAAUAGCAAUUGUCUGCCCGCCGUAAGCAUACCAGCCUCCAUACAGAUCACUGCCUUGCCACCACAGGCGACGCCAGCAACAAUACGCACCACGCCGAAGCUGACCAUGUCCAGCAUUGGCAGCACCAGCACUAGCACACAAAUAACCAUGAGCUCGGCCGGUCAGGUGGUGGCAGUGACAACGCCGGCGCGUACCAAGCUGAUGAAGCAAGCACUGCAAUCGUCUGGGACGGCGGCGACCAGUGUCAAUGUGAACAUCAAUGUGGGCGAGAGCAUGGUGCCGGAGAUCAAGCCACGGCUGAAGCGCGUCGCCUGUACCUGUCCCAACUGCACCGACGGGGAGAAGCAUUCGGAUCGCAAGCGGCAACACAUCUGUCACAUACCCGGCUGCAGCAAGGUCUACGGGAAGACGUCGCAUCUGCGCGCCCAUUUGCGCUGGCAUACGGGCGAACGUCCGUUCGUUUGCUCCUGGGUAUUUUGUGGCAAGCGCUUUACGCGCUCGGAUGAACUGCAGCGCCACCGGCGCACGCACACGGGCGAGAAGCGUUUCCAGUGCCGCGAGUGCAACAAGAAGUUCAUGCGCAGCGAUCACCUGUCCAAGCACAUCAAGACGCACUUCAAGUCGCGCUCCGGUGUUGACCUCAUCGAGUUGAACAUCAAGCAGGAGCCGAAAAUGAAUGCACCCAAAAGUAUUAAUACCGUAAGCGGCAUUGUGACCAUUGAGUUGCCGACGAGCGGUGCACCGGCCAAUGGCAGCGGCGCCUCCAGUGUGGCGGCAACAGUUGCGGGCUCAACUGUGACGGCAGCGCCAGGCGGCGCCACAAUUGUCCAGCUGCCCACAUUGGGCGGUGACGAUGUGGUUGGUGGUGCGUCCACUGAUAGUUUUGGUGAAGACGAUGAAAUGGAAGAUGAGGAAUUGACCGAAGAGGACGAUGAGGAACUAACGGAGGAGGAGGAGGACGACGAGGAGGACAGCGGCGAUGAGGAGAAGAUGCACAUCUCUGUGAGCGAGCUGGGCGAAAACUCAUCCAACUAGCAUACGGAAUCACUGUUCAUGGAACAGUUCAUCUUUGAUCACUUCCCAUAACAGUAGCUGGUCCCGGAAACGGGGCUGCUAAAUCUAUUGCAACCUGUACAGUUGAUACCCAGCAAUUACGACUAUUAGGCUUAAUUGUAUUUAUGUUGUGUUGAUGUAAAUCUUUGUACAUACUUCCGUUGACGAAUAUUAUCCUUCGGCAUGCCGAAGUCCAUUACAAAUCCUUGCACUGCGCCUGAGAUAAUCAUGCAAGCAAUUCCGUUUUGGGUUAUCCCGAAUUCCCAAUAGACCCGGCAACACAAUUUUGUAUAUAUCGUAAGUGUAAAUAUAUAUGUUUUGUAACAAAAAUAUGUUCAUAUCAUAAGCAUAAAGUAAAAAUAAUAAUUGACAAUUUUUAUAGCCCAAAACUAAGAACAACUAUUAAUCCACUGCAAGGAUAUUAAUUUUAAUUUCGUAACACACAUUUAUAUAUAUUUAUGCAUAAGUUUUUACUGUACAACAAUUGGUAAAUAGAAUACAGAACAUUUAAGAACACGCGCGAUUUUAACUAGGAUAAUGCAUUGAAAUAAAUAAAUAUAUAUGUAUAUGUAAAUUA